UCCACUUCCUCCCCAUUUCGUCUCUAACUCCUUUCCCAUUCCUCUCUCCUCCGAAAAUGGUUCGCCAGCGCAUGCUUACUGCUCACUACAGGGAGAUAUUCGGUGAGCCUGGUAGUCAGUUAGACCCGCCAGGUUCUUCUUCAGGUGCCGGCGGUUCAGGUUCUUCAGAUCAGGAGUCUGUUCCCGAGACUCAGCAUUUCUUCCCUCCGAUUCCUCCUCCGAUGGCUCAGCCUCAGCCGAUGGCUCAGCCGAUGGCUCAACCGAUGGUUCCUCCGAUGGCUCCUCCGGUGCCUCCUCCGAUGGCUCCUCCUGAGAUCCCCGCCGCUGUUCAUCCCGAUCUCAUGGUGCCACCUACUGUUCCGUUCUCGCAGUACACUGUCGAGGAUAUUCUUGGUAUGCCAGGCAGAGCUGGUUUACCAAUCAUAGACCCCGACAGACCCGACGGGACUUUAUGGUUUGGGGUUGACAAUUCCCUUGCGACAGAUGUAACCGAGACGAUUAAAGGUUACUUCUCCAUGGCGCAUCCAAACUGGAAAUUGACGCCGAUCUACAUCCGAAAGACGUGGUUCAAGAUUUACGCUCAAAAGUAUCAUUGGUCCAUCGGGGUCAGUGAGAGAGUGAGGAAGGCGUUUUACGAAAAGGCGCAAGUUCGCUUGUCGGACACGGUUUGCAACUGGAAGGGUGCCUGGAUCGUCAAGGGGUACACCCGUGGCAAACCCGCUGAGCUUACCACGGAUGUUUGGGACGGCCUCAUCCGUUACUGGAAGGAUCCUAACUCCAUUAGGAUCGCAAACAUUUGUGCUGCCGCCCGUAACACGGUAGACGAGCACGGUAACGGCCCGAUGCUACACUCUACGGGCCAAAAACCACAUGCCGGUGUCCGUUUGAAAAUGGCCAAAGAGUUGGGACGUCUCCCGACUCUUCCGGAACUUUACGAGCGGACCCACAAAAACAAGGCGGGCCAGUUUUUAGAUGGCAAGUCCGAGCAAAUCUACAACAACGUAAUUGCUCGGGUUGAGGAGCGCCAGACUCAGCUGACCCAGCAGUCCGGCGACGGAUUACCAGUUACCUUAUCCACAACUGAAGUGGAUAAGAUUUACGAGGAGGUUGUCCCUAAGAAAAAGGGACGUACGUUGGGGAUCGGUUCCGUCAAUGAUGUCCCGAGAGCGACAUCAUCUUAUGCUCAGAGACAGACCGAAGAAGUCACUCAGUUGCGUUCCGAGCUGGGCGCGACCAAAAGCCGUGUGAGUGGACUCGAAGCCUUCAUCGACGUUAUAGCGUCCACAAAUCCGGAAUGGGAAGCUUUGUUGAGGAACAUGAAACAACAAAAUCCCAUUCCAGGCGAGUCAUCGGGCACACAUAACGAGGAGGAUGUUACGAGGAGGAGCGAGGAAUUCUACGAGGCGAUGAACGAGCCUUAGUUUUUUUAGUUUUUUUUCGGUUUAUGUAUUAUAAAAUCCAAAACUUAAUUAUAUAUAAAAUAUUUUGUUGCUUGUGAA